AUGUCGCCAAUGGCGUUUCCCAAGGAGCCAGCUCCCACACUGGAGGAAGACUCUUCGUCCGACUACCAUUCGGUCUCCGAACUCAGUCGACAGAACGAAGAAAUGGGUUUGAACGGUGGAACUAUUUGCGUCAUGCAAUCAAUCGAGGACGAUGACCUGGAUCCAACCUCCUAUAACGGACGGCAUGUGUCAGUAUCAGAGAGCAGCGGUAGCUACAACGAUUUGCACCAUGACGAUGAUGAAGAUGACGAUGACUUCGAUCUCUGCGAUUAUUUCCACCCGUUUGGUGACCCAUAUCUGCGAGGAAGGCUGCAGCGGAAGCGACGCGCAGGAACAGUCAAUCAGACCAACCCUCGGGCAAGCAAGAGAGCUCGGGUGGGCGACUCUGACUACUAUGAUGAUCUCGCACUCCAAAAUGACGACGACGCCAACAGCACAAGCAGCGACUGGGACCGAUUCGGCACUGUCCCUCUAUGCCUGCCCGACUGGCAUGCUCAGCUUGAUCAAGUCGAUAACAGUUCGCUCUGGAACGCCGAGCAACAGAAGUUGCAUAAGCUGAUCUACAUGCUUGGUCGGCACCCCGUGCUUCCGUCCUCCUGGCGAAUUUCUUUCAGGAUGUAUGGCGUCUCGCAAGGUGAUGAGGCGCUACAAAACGAUGAAGAUUUCGUCGUGUUUGCACCCAAGCGAAGCAAAAAGCGGGUUGCAGUUCGUGCUUAUGACAAUGAGCUAAGUGCGACAAAGGCCCUUGAACGAUUGUUUAUUCUAUCGCAGACGGUGACAGACUACGAGGAGAUCGGUACUACGGAGUUGAUUCCUCGAGUCAUUGUCAGGACCAUCCGUCGGUACUUGAAGUGGGCAAUGCGAGACGCUGGGAUUGACUAUCGCCGGUCUUUGCCAAAUGUCCUUAUCCGAGCAUAUUCCCCCAGUGACUUCCCUCCCGAUUCGAGUAAUUCCAAAAGCAAUGGGAAUGGACUAUCUAAUCCUCCAGUUGAAUCGUCAGCUCAAAAGAAAGCCAAAGCACUGAAGCAGACACAACGCCACCGUCGACGAGGCUGGGUUUAUGAAGACGAAAUUGAGCACGAGGACCAAGAUGGCUCUAUGCAACAGUUUGUUCAUCAUUUGACAACAGACACGAGCCGCCGCUUACAGGACCUCGGCCGCCGGUGGAGGGAGCUCCUAGAUUCCCACAAUGCUCCCAGCAAUGGACAGAACGGAACUUCAAAACAAGAUAAAGGGAGGUCAGGACAAGCUAUACAACUUCCUACAUUAUACAUGUUUGUCGUGACCGAGCAUUUGGUCAUGCUGAACAGCUAUGAUCCCAACUCGGAAUCCAAUCCAGUCAUCACAAUCUCCCACGUGGCGCUCAAUACUCGCCGCCAGUGGGCGUGGAAUGCCCUCUGGAUUGCAGUUGUUGUCAACCUAGCGCGCGAGGGGUUGCUGAAGUUGAUGAAUGCUGGACUCGUUGCUCCUCUUACUAAAUCUCCAAACCAGUUAGAUCCUGAUAUCUGA